AAUAAUUUCCCCCGAGUGUUACAAGACAAAAUAAUACAGUAGUAGAAUAUGUGUUAUAAAAUACAAUGGCUCCAUCUCCUGGAAAAAUGUAGAUAUCAUACUUUAAUAAGUAAUACUAAGAAAACUGACUCACUGACUGACUGAUAGAGGGCGACGGUGAUACAAUAAAGCAGUAAAGCGAUAAGCACUGUACACGUUUUCCUUUGAUAUUGUUUUGAAUUUCGACACCUUUGCCUCUUAAGUAACUCCCUCCCUGCGACCUAUGGACAGAUGAUUAAACAAUAUUCUUCCCAUCGUCACAAUUCCAACAGGAAACAACCGGACUCAACGAGGUUCAUUCUAUUUCCUGCAGCCUAACAUAAAGAUAAGCUUAGCUUGUGCUUGUGAAUGAUGGCGAGCUCUUCUUCUACCUCCUGGAAAGAAUGUUUUCUAUUCCGAUACAUACGCAAGUUGGCUCCCGUUGGCUUCAAGACAGAAGUUAAAGCUGUAUCUCGAAUGGCUGUACCUGUGAUUCUGACCAGCCUCAUGGUUUUUUCCGUGAGUUUAAUCAGCACUGUCUUCUGUGGCCAUUUGGGAAAAGAGGAGCUAGCAGGUGUAGCUCUGGCAAUAGCAGUCAUUAAUGUUACAGGCAUAUCUAUUGGCUCAGGGCUGUCAUCAGCAUGUGAUACUUUGAUUUCUCAGACAUUCGGAAGCGGCAACCUCAUGAGAGUUGGGGUGAUUCUGCAGAGGGCAAUCCUCAUUCUGAUUCUGGCGUGUUUUCCCUGUUGGGCCAUCCUCAUCAACACUGAGCCCAUUCUGCUGGCUGUGGGACAAGAGCCAAAUGUUGCCAGGUUGUCACAGUUGUAUGUGAAGAUCUUCAUGCCAGCACUCCCUGCUACAUUCAUGUACUCAUUGGAAACAAAAUACUUGCAAAAUCAGGGCAUCAUAUGGCCACAAGUAAUGACUGGCUUUGUGGUCAAUAUCCUCAACGCCCUCUUUAACUACAUUUUUAUCUUUGCAUUAAAUCUGGGAGUAGCAGGAUCUGCCCUUGCCAACACCCUGUCCCAGUUUUCCAUGGCUGGUGUCCUCUACGCUUAUAUCAUAUUUAAAAGUGUUCACAAGGCUACCUGGGGAGGUUGGUCCAAAGAUUGCCUUCAGGACUGGGGCUCAUUCAUUCACUUGGCCAUCCCUAGCAUGGUCAUGUUGUGCGUAGAGUGGUGGACAUUUGAGAUUGGCAGCUUCCUGGCAGGUCUCAUAAGUGAGGUGGAACUUGGUGCACAGUCUAUUGUGUAUGAGCUUUCAAACGUUGCCUUCAUGUUUCCAUUAGGCUUCAGUGUGGCAGGCUGUGUAAAGGUGGGGAAUGCUCUUGGAGCUGGAGAUACCAAGCAGGCCAAGCUGUCUGCAAAAACAGCAUUCUUCUGUGCGGUAUCGGUAUCUGUAUGCUUGGCAGCUUUUAUUGGGAGCCUGAGGAAUCAUAUUGCUUAUGCCUUUACAUAUGAUGAACAAAUCAGCAUAAAGGUUGGCGAGGUUGUGGUUUUCUACGCUCCAUUCAUCCUCAUGGAUGCAGCUUCAGUGGCCAUGGGAGGAAUAAUAAGAGGAACAGGGAUGCAGAAAGUAGGAGCGGUUUGCAACGUGGUGUGUUAUUAUGGAGUUGCUUUACCGAUUGGAGUGCCAUUGAUGUUUGCGGCCAAAUUAGGAAUCAUUGGUCUGUGGACGGGAUUGUGUACGUCUGUCUCCCUGCAGUGUUUGUUCCUGGUUUUCUACCUGGUGAGAAUGGACUGGAAGAAAGUUACAGUUGAAGCUCAGGUUAGAGCUGGUGUUUGUGUCAACUCAGAUGACACCCAAAGCUGCGAGGUACAAGGAGACACUACUAAUCUAUUCGAUAUUGACGACCCAGCACUGAUGGACCCUGUGGAACGGGAGCUCGCCCAAAGUCGUUUGGUUCUGCGUCGGGGUGUGGUUCUGGCACUCAUGCUCAGCAUUCUGGCUGCUGGGAUCAUCAUGAACAUACUGAUGACAAACCGGGUCACGUGAUCUGUACUGAAGGAUACCUCAUUGCAUGAUGAUGCAACGGUCUCUAUCGCAGGCUGCCAAAGAUGGACGAAAAGACGGGAGUAGAUGAAAUAAGUAGUACAGUAUAUGAUGGGGAAAACAAACGUUAAUGCGUCAUUGUAAUUGAUUAUUUAAAAAUUUAAUAAUAAAUAAUAAUAAUUUAAAAAUUAUUUAAAAAUUAUUAAAAAAUUCCGGACUAUAAUCCGCUUUGAACCCUGUUAUGUAAACAACAGAUCUACAGUUGCCAUUAUGCUUACAGUACAGAUUCAGGAAGUAGUCAAAUAUCACAUUUUGAAGUCUUUGUGACGUUUUUUAUCAAGUGCUUGGGACACGGCAGCAGUUGCCCCAUGUCUCACCAUAACUAAUGAAUGAUGCUGGGAACACUGUAUUUUGGAUUGCAAGGUUUCUAAUGUGUUUUUCUGUGUAAAUGUGACCUACAUAUGUACAAUUUGCUGGGUGCAGUUUAUAUUUAGGCUUAUGCAAUAGUUGAGAAUUUACAGUAAUUCUAUAGUAUUUAGUAUAGUACAAACUGAGAGUAUUACAUUGUUUUUCCAAGUUCAUGCCAAAGCUAUGGUAGGUAGUAAAUACCAGCUAAGAGUGUUUUGGAUUCUUGCUGGUUAUGUCAAAUAAGUACUCUCAUGUUUUUUGUUUUUUUUUUACGCAAUGGUACAGAAAUAAUAGCACAAACACACAAAAGCAGCACUUUAAGGAUUAAGAGUCUCAGUUUACUCAGAUACAUUAGUUUUGUAAGUGAAUCAUUCCAGUAAAUAUGAAAUACAUAUCAGUUGGAAGAGAAAUUAAUAGGACACUAUUGGAGAAAAAUAAAUAUAAUGGCCUCUCAGUUGAGAUGAUCAGAAUAAGUGCUAUUACUCCAGAGUGUUGUAGUCGUAUUACUUUUAGGGUGCAUCGUCUCCGGUAAAGGAAUCAAGUAGUACAAACAUACGCCCACCGCUAGGAGAGCGAGAGCAGUAAACAGUGUGAGACCUCGCCUAAGGAGCAGUUGGCUCAAUGAGAGGUGGUCAGCGUUCAGAUCCUGUGUGACCGUGUUGUUGUCCUCAGACAGGACAGGCUGGUACUGGUCCUGGGUAGCUGGACCUAUUCCGUCAACGUGGGUGCUUUUCUGGGCUCGCUUUACAGCCUAGAAAGACAAAAUAUAUCAGUGCUAACCUUUGCAACAAGUUACCACAUUUUUAAAAAUUGAUCUAUGUCUUUUUGAUCGGUAAAAUAUUGUCUAUUUUUUGUCAUUCAAGAGA